AUGAUAGGAACAGAAGCUACAGCUACUCCCACUGUCACUGGAUCCACCAGCAGUGGAAGCACUACUGAUUCCAAUCACCCAUACUAUCUACACUCCUCUGAUGCUCCAGGGAUGUCUUUAGUUAGCUCACCAUUUGAUGGAAGAGGCUUUACAGGAUGGAGAAGAUCUGUGCUAAUUGCAAUUUCAGCCAAGAACAAGCUUGGUUUUAUCAAUGGAACUUGUCUUGAACCAGCUUUAAAUGCUGCAGAGCACUCACAGUGGAGCAGGUGCAACAACAUGGUGACCUCUUGGUUGCUGAAUUCCCUCACCAAGGAGAUAGGAGACAGUGUAAUUUAUUCUAGGACUGCAAAGGAUCUAUGGGGUAGCCUUGAACACAGGUUUGGCCAAUCGAGUGGAGCAAAGCUCUAUCACCUGCAGAUCUCAAAGUUAGCUCAAGGAAGUAGCAGCAUAGCAGGUUAUUUCACAACUCUAAAAAGGCUUUGGGAUGAGUUGGAUUCUAUCAACUCACACCUGGGAUGCACCUGUGAUUGCACAUGUGAUGGAAAGAAGAAAAUUGCAAAGUUCAUGGAGGAUCAAAGAGUUAUUCAAUUCCUUAUGGGAUUGAAUGAUGUUUAUGCUCAAGCAAGAGGAAACAUACUCAUGAUGAGUCCUCUCCCAGGCAUUGACCAAUCCUAUUCUCUACUGUUGCAGGAUGAGAGCCAAAGGGAAAUAUACAUGAAUCCCUCUUACUCCACUGAUGUUGCAUCAUUCAUGGUGGGAACACAGAAUAAAACCCCACAGAGAAACAAUCAGAUCCAAAGAACUUGGAAUCCACAGCAGAAGCAAGGGAACACACAACAAAAAUUCAAGGGAAAGAAGACUAGGUAUAACCCAAAUGUUGCCUGUUCUCACUGCAUGAGGAUAGGACAUACCAGGGCAGACUGCUACAGGCUCAAUGGGUUUCCAGAUGAUUUUCAAUUUACCAAGUCAAACAUAUCUCAAGGAGCAGUGAAGGUCAAUGCACUGGUGCAGAUUGGGAAUGGAGGAAAUCCAGGAACAGAGAUAAAUGCUAAUGCAGUAGCUGGUACCAUUCUUAAAUACUUUGGAACAUGCCUAGCUGUCCCUUUAAUGAGGAGGGGACAAGCUUUUGGUGAAGUGAGGGAUGGCCUAUACUUGCUCCAGCCUAGUAGUUUAGAGUCUAGGAUCUUAUUCAAACAAAAUGUAAUUUCAACUCCAAAAGGAAGCAAUUCCAGUCUGUUUUCCCCUAGUGUUCCUUUUUCAGCACCUGUGUUUGCUAAUGCUAUAUCUAAUGUAAGAGAAUGGUAUGUCAGAUUAGGGCAUUUGCCUUUUACGGCUAUGAAAAAUCUAAGUUUCAUCCAUUUUCCUUCAACUUUUGAUUAUGUGUGUGAUGUAUGUCCUCAAGCCAGGCAAACUAGGCUACCUUUUCCAAUUAGUCAAAUAAGAUCUUCAAGCAUAUUUGACCUCAUUCAUAUAGACACUUGGGGACCUUUUAAGACUAGUACAUACAAUGGCUACAAGUAUUUCCUAACCAUAGUUGAUGAUUUCAGUAGAGCAACCUGGACCUUCCUCUUGAGCACUAAAAGCAAUGCAUUUUCAGUUUUGAAGUGUUUUCUUACUAUGGUGGAAAAACAAUUCAACAAGAAGGUGAAGAAGAUCAGAUCUGACAAUGCUUUGGAAUUGGGAAAGGGGACACAAGAAUCUAUAUAUCUGCAUUCACAAGGCAUACAACAUGAAACAUCUUGUGUAGCUACUCCACAACAAAAUGGUGUUAUUUGGAGAGAAAACAUAGGCAUCUUUUGGAAAUUGCAAGGGGAUUGUUAUUUCAAUCAAGAGUUCCAAUUCAAUAUUGGGGAGAAUGUAUAUUGA